AUGGAGAGGCACAAAGAAACUCCUCCUCAGUGGAAAACAACCAUAAUAAUCAGCACAUCUCUGCAGAACCACGAUGCUAACAGGAUGCUAACGGCGCAGCAGCACCGAAUCAGGUUUUCAGACAGCGUUCAGUCUGGCGCCUUUAUUUUUCCUCUGUCAGGUACUGCAUUUCUACUAGUGGACCCUCAGGACCUCCCAGAGCCUUUUGAGGAAUCAGGACUCAUUGAGAAGAUAAAAAAGUUUGUGCAAGUCCACCGGAACUGCUUUCUACUCCUACAUGCCCCCUUUAAUGGGAAAAGGGAACUGGAAAUAUUGACUCUAAUUCAGAAAAGGUUCUUUGCCAGCAAUCUCAGGAUCCUGCCUGUUCGAAACAAUACUGAAAUUGUCAAAGGGAUGUUAACAAUCGCCAAGGCCACCAGCAAGCCUCAUGUGGACAAUAUCCGGGACCGGAUGUCUCUGGCUCGGGCCCACAUCAUUGAAAGCAGUCCUGUGUGGGAGAUGCUAAGAGACAAACUGUAA